GAGGGGCUAUGGACGCACGGAGUUACAGGAGCAGGCUGGGGGUGACCGGAUCUGUAUGAAAUUGCCGAGCCUGGCGGCCGGAGAGCCCAGUAGUCAGAGCCGUGCGGCGGGAGGACAUCAGUGUGGAGCUGCCGGAGAAGGGCUCGGAGACAAGGACCCACUUCCUGGACAGGCCGGGCAGGCAGCUGCCAUGACGUCCCGCAGAUGGUUUCAUCCGAACAUCAGUGGAUUGGAAGCCGAAACUCUCCUUCUAACACAUGGGGUACAUGGAAGUUUUUUGGCCCGGCCUAGCAAGAGCAAUCCUGGGGACUUCACGCUGUCUGUCAGGCGACAUGAUGAAGUCACGCACAUUAAAAUCCAGAACACGGGGGAUUUCUAUGACUUGUACGGAGGAGAGACAUUUGCCACGUUGGCUGAGCUGGUGCAGUAUUAUACAGAGCAGCAGGGUCUUCUGCGAGAGAAGAACGGAGACGUAAUUGAGCUCAAGUACCCACUGAACUCGCAGGAUCCAACAUCAGAGAGGUGGUACCAUGGGCACCUGUCUGGAAGAGAAGCGGAGAAGCUCCUUCUGGAAAAGGGAAAGCCUGGAAGUUUCCUAGUGCGGGAGAGUCAGAGCAAGCCGGGGGACUUUGUGUUGUCCGUCCUAACAAGUGAGGAGAAGCUGGAGAAUGGAGAGCGCAAAUCUCGCGUCACUCAUGUCAUGAUCCGGUUCCAGCCGGAUGGUAAAUAUGAUGUAGGAGGAGGGGAACGCUUUGAUACACUGACCGACCUACUGGAGCACUACAAGAAGAACCCUAUGGUAGAGAAGUCAGGGGCAGUGGUGCAUCUGAAACAGCCAUUCAAUGCAACACGGAUCAAUGCAGCCAACAUUGAAUCCAGAGUAAAGGAGCUGAACAAAAUGGCUGACAACACUGAGAAGGCCAAACAAGGGUUCUGGGAGGAGUUUGAGAUGCUGCAGCAACAAGAAUGUAAACUGCUCUAUCCCAGAAAAGAAGGACAGCGGCCCGAGAACAAAAGCAAAAACAGAUACAAGAAUAUUCUGCCAUUUGAUACUACAAGGGUGACUUUGAGAGAUACAGAUGACAGCACUCCCGGGUCAGAUUAUAUUAAUGCCAACUACAUCAAGAGUACUCUGGAUGAGACACGGGGGAACCAGCCCUAUAAAGUGUACAUAGCCACUCAGGGAUGCCUGCAGAACACCGUUUGUGACUUCUGGUCCAUGGUCUAUCAGGAGAACACGCAUGUUAUUGUCAUGACUACCAAAGAGAUGGAGCGCUCAAGGAAAAAAUGUUUUCGUUAUUGGCCCGAGGAAAACUGUUCCAAGGACUACGGCUGCAUUCGAGUUCUGAGCCUGGCCUUACAUCAAGAAAAGGAUUAUUUCCUGCGGGAGUUACAGAUGUCGCGCACAGAUAGUGAGGAACCUCCAAGGCACAUAUGGCACUAUCAAUAUCUGAGCUGGCCAGACCACGGGGUACCGAACGAGCCCGGAGGUGUCCUCAGCUUCCUAGAAGAAAUUAAUGCAGUGCAACAAAGUAUCCCAGGGUCCGGACCUAUAGUGGUGCACUGCAGUGCUGGAAUUGGGCGGACCGGUACCAUCAUAGUUAUUGAUAUUCUGGUCGACAUUAUAAACAGACAAGGUUUGGACUGUGACAUUGACAUCCCCAAAACCAUUCAGAUGGUGAGACAGCAGCGCUCGGGAAUGGUGCAGACAGAGGCUCAGUAUAAAUUUAUUUACAUGGCCGUGCAGAAGUAUAUCGAGACCAGGAAGAAGUAUGUGGAGGACGAGCAGAGGGGCAGGAGAAAGGAUCGCGAAUAUAGCAACAUUCAUUACCCACUUGGGGAGAAGUUAAAAGCCAAAGCACCUUCAGCUGCAGCACCUAGCCAACCUAGAGUCAGCGAUGAUUCCACUUGUGUCUAUGAGAAUCUGAAUAUUAGAAGCACACACAAAUCAAGUACUAGUAAUGCCGGCAGAUAAUCCAUGGCGUUUCCAGAUGCACUGAUACUAAAUGAGACAGAACCUUUUGGCUCCAUUUCCCAGGCCAUGGCUGUCUGGAGUUGCCCCAGUUCUGCAGCUUACCCCUGCCUAGCACCCGCGCCGGCUCCAGACGAAGGUACACAAGUGUAAGAGAGACGUGAGCAAGAUGCACUUGUGAAGGGAGAGCACAUCCACCGUAACUUAUUUAUGACAGAACAAUUUUUUAUUUUAUUUUUUCUCAGUGUUUUGGCGAAGUAUUUAUUGAAGUGCCUAUGAGAAGCCACUGAGUUUUAGAUAUUUUUAUUUGUCUAUUGUUUUACUCUGUUUUGUAAAAAUGUGUAAUAAAAAUGUCAGUCCUAAAAACAAAAUUCCAGAUGG